CGCCCGGAGGAGAGUCGGACACACUGGCCAUUCUUGACGAGGACGCUUGCGUUGAGUGUAUAGAAGCCAAUCGUGACGUCAUCGUUGGUGUCAAAGUCAGAUUACAGUCUUCGGUGUGUGAUAAGGGACGAUUAGAAGAAGAAGCAUAUAGAAGGGCGUUAUCGGCAGCCAAACGUUGCGGGCUACCAUUGAUGGUGCAUCAUUGUGACUCAACAGUACCCACACAAACAACAUCUCCCGGCAAACUAGGCUGUCCUAAGGACCUCCAGGCUGGCGACAUUUACACACAUACAUACCACGGAUAUGAAAGCACCAUCUUGGAUUCUAAGACUAAAACAAUUCAUAGUGACGUCAUAGAUGCUAGGUCACGUGGUGUAUUAUUUGACUGCGGGCAUGGUGCGGGUGCCUUCAACUGGACUGUGGCUGAAAUGGCUACAAAACAGAAUUUCUGGCCAGAUCUUUUGGGCAGUGAUCUUCACACUCAGAACCAAGAAGGACCUGCAUACGACCUUCCCAUGAUAAUGACAAAGUUUCUUUACCUUGGUAUGCCACUGAACGAAAUCAUAAAAAGUGUGACGUCAUCACCUGCGCGCGCAUACAGGCUAAAAUGCAUUGGAUCAUUAUCGAAAGGAAACGACGCAGACGUUUCUAUUUUAAGAAUUGAUGACUGUGACGUCAGUAUUGAAGAUUGUAUCGGACAAAUGAGACACGUUAAGAAGCGAAUAGUCCCUGUUGCCGUAUGGCGUGGGGGUAAGGAACACCCUGUUGUCAUAGCAGGAUUUGGUUCGAAACCAGUUACUACACAAAUCAGUCUAGGGAACUUAGAGAGGGCAUUGAUUAAAGAUUAAGAAAUACAUGUAGCUCGUCGGACAACAGGAAAUGUUAUCAACCCAACUUGAUUUUUUUUGUAUUUACUCAUGAUUUUUUAUGAAGUACUUAUUUCAUUCUCCGUAUUUUCACUGUAAGCACUUUCUUCACUGCAGUAAAACAUAUCUUCCGCAGUAAGCCUGCAAAAAAUAAAUUAAUAAACGAAAAAUAAAAAGAUAAGAAAAAAAUAAAAAAAAGUAAAUAAAUUGAAAUAAAGAAAAAUACAAUGAACAGAAAUCCAAGGUUUCUAUUCUAUCAAUACGGGAUUUAUUUUCAAUAUUUUCAAGUGGUAUAAGAUAUGUUAAUUUUCAUAUUAAAGAAAAACGAAAAAAAAAAAAAAACAAUUUGGAAUACCCUCUAAGUAGUAAUGUCUUUUUCAAUUUUUAAUUUUAUGAUGUUAAAAGUUUUUAUUCCAUGAAAUUGUUUAAUUUUAAAUCAAUAAAUAUAAAGUAAAACAAA